AUGAAGGGUUUUUUAAAAGGAACAACUUCAGUGAAGUUACCGCAAAGCUUAUAUGUUGAAUCUACUGAAGAUUUUGAUUUAAUUUCAGCGAAAAAAGCUAAACCCAUUCCCUUAUACCAUUUUUCUUCUUCAGACAAAGGCUGGCCUACUGCGGAUGACCUAGUUCUCCAAGAUGAACACUUUUUUGUUAAAAAAAACAAAAGCGACCACCAAGGCAACUCGGCUCACUUUCUUAGUUUUUAUUUAAUAAUUCUAAGUGGUUGGGUAAACCCUGUAAAUCUACUUAAGAAUCUACGAGAUAAAUGUGAGGAACUAUAUGUGCACAGCAGCUUGUGGUUUUGGGAAAAUAUUACCGAUAGCUACUUCAGGUAUACCAUUGUUAUAACCUUAAAUAUGCUGUUACUCUAUAUUAUUUACGCCGAAAUAAACGCACGCGAUCCGUUCAAGGCUAUUUUGCUUGGUAUCAGCUGUUUGAACGGAUUUUACUACUUUGCGAGCUUCAGGGCCGUUUAUUUGACUCAUCUGGACAAGAGCGUAGCAAGUCAAUAUCUGUCGCCCAACUUGAGGAAAACAAGGCCAAACGAAGAAUUUGAAGCGAUAAGAAAGGAGGAUGCUUUUUUAGUGAAUGUGUGGUCUCCGGAUCCCUUUCUCUCCACCCUCUGGAAAUAUUUUUCUCCUCCGCAAGUACUUGUACUGGUCUCGGCUGAUCCCCAAGCUUUCCUGACGACUUUAACCUGCGCUGCUCUAAUAUGUGCUUCGCUCGUUACCGUGGAGACAUUUAGCAGAGACAGACUACUCGUGGAAAAGAUUCUGCUUGCUCAGGAGCAAGUCUGCCAGCGCGCUUUUGCUCGGCCCAAGACCACAAGCGUCUUCUGUACUCCCGGCAGUAGUGGUGGACGCCCGCUACAAAGGUUGCAUAGUAGUCGGCGGGAUAAGUAAAGCAGAAGAC